CCCAUCUCCACCCCAAACUAAUCAUCAUCAUUUAUGAUCGACCCCCUAAUAACUGCCUUUCUCCUUCCUAUAUACCAGGUUGUUCACAUGUGACUUACAUUAUGUUUUUUGUGUAUCAUUGAACGAUAAACGGAAUAACUUUUGAUAUUUUUUUGGAGGUCAGUUAAUAUUCAAUUCCGAUAAAACAAUGUCGUCUGAGACUGUAAAAGUCAUUGUACGAUGUAGACCUAGGAAUGAGAAAGAGGAAAAACUUAAAUGUCAAAGUAUUGUGCGGAUUGAGGAGUGUAGAGUGUAUUUGGAGAAUCCAGCGGAUAAGAAAGCUCCAGAGAAGCAAUUUGUGUUUGAUAAUGCAUAUGAUGGUAGUUCUCAUAAUGAGUCAAUUUAUGGUGAUAUUUGUUACUCACUUGUUGAGAGUGUGCUGGAAGAAGAACUAAUCACUUUCUAUCAAUUCGUAAAUACCUCAACAGGAUGUGGCAAAAGUCACACAAUGCAGGGACCAACAUUAUCAAAAUUAGUUGAUGGCCAGGAACUAGAUCCUUCGCACGUUUACGAGUCAAAAAAUAGUGGAAUAAUUUCACAUUCGUUUGAUCACUUGUUUGAAGCUAUAAGCGUUGCACAUGACAUCCGUUACCUCGUCGUUGUUAGCUAUUUAGAAAUUUAUAAUGAAAAUAUUCGCGACUUAUUAAGCAAUGACACAUCAAAUAAUCUUAAAUUAAAGGAAAAUCCCACGGAAGGUGUAAUUGUUGAAAGCCUUUCGCGACAUCCUGUACAUAAUGUGUCAGAGUGUGAGCAGCUUUUACUUUAUGGUGCUAAAAAUAGAAAAGUUGGUGCCACAUUGAUGAAUGCUGGAAGCUCACGAUCGCAUAGCAUUUUUAUCAUAAAUGUCGAACAAAUAUCUAAAGCACAACAAGGAGAAUGCGAUACAAAUGAAGAUGUCAUUAUACGUAAGGGAAAGUUGAACUUGGUUGACCUAGCAGGAAGUGAAAGGGCGAAUAAGACUGGUGCAACAGGAGAGCGCAUGAAAGAAGCUACAAAAAUCAAUUUAUCGUUAUCUGCCCUUGGGAAUGUAAUAUCAGCAUUAGUCGAUGGAAAAACCAAACAUGUUCCUUAUCGUGAUUCUAAAUUGACACGUCUACUGCAGGAUUCACUUGGUGGAAAUACUAAAACAUUGAUGGUAGCUUGUAUUUCACCUGCCGACUAUAAUUAUGAAGAAACAUUAUCGACACUUAGAUAUGCGUCUAGAGCUAAAAAUAUCAAGAAUAAACCGAAAAUUAAUGAAGAUCCAAAAGAUGCUAUGCUUCGAGAAUAUCAGGAAGAGAUCAAUAUGCUUCGAAAACUUUUGGAAAAAUCUGGGACCAAUGGAACAAAUGGAGUUAUUGCUGAUAAUAAUAGUAUAGAUAUUCAGGAACAAAUUAGGGAAGAGAAACUUAAAGUUGAGAAGGAAUUUGAGGAAAAGGCAAGAAAGUUGAAGGAAGAACAUGAACAACAGAGAAGGGAGAAGGAAGAACUAAAGCAAAAUAUGGAAGAGCUAAAGCGAGAAUACGAACAAAAACUCCACGAAGUAAGUGAGAAAGUAAAGACAGAAGAGAAUCAUAUACCAAAUGUAAAAGUAGUGACAGAUGAAAAUAGUACAAAAAAGGAAAUAAAUAUCAGUGAUAGAUUAAAGAACUUCAAAGACAUAUUAAUUGGAGGAGAGCGAGCGAACGACACUCAACUUAAAGAGAAGCGAUUCAAGAAGAAAUUAGCAUCACAGAAGAAACUGAACGCAUUGAAUUAUAUUUUAAAUCGCAUUGAACAGUCUGAGGAUCGAGAUUUAUUACAAACACAUUAUUCUGACAUCCAUCAAGAAAUUGUAGCCAAGACGGAGUUGUUAAAGCAGCAAAGGCAAAAGAUAAGAUCACUUGAGCGUGAGAUAGUUGACAUACAAGGAGAAUUUCAACUCGAUCGAGCAGACUAUCUAGAGACAAUCCGUCGAAUACAGAAACGUAAUCGCUUCUAUGAGCAAUUUUUCGAGAAAAUUAGUCCAGUAUUGAAACGAGACGGCAAGGUUUGGAAUAUUGAUUACAUCAAGUCUGAGUCGGUGUGGAAUGAUGAUUUAAAGAAAUGGAAAAUUCCCGACAGUUGUAUUAUGCAUGUAAAAUUGCCACCGGCUACAUCAAAACCAAACAGCACAGAGAGUACAAAGAGUAGAGAGAACACAUCAUCAACAGCACCGGCACGUUUGGAAUGUCUAACUGACUCAUAUGAAAGUGAUGAAAAUAGCGAGAAAGAGAAACAAAAGGACAUCGACAUUGCCUUGACCUAUUUUCGACCAAAACGUAUUGAGAAGCUGAUUCAUGAUAGUCGUGCGUGGAAAGCCGAUUUAACACAUAAAGCAUUAAGCCUACCGAAAAAUACAUUUGAUGAAAAUAUUCUAAACAAAACAUGGUUCGCUGGCAGUAAUUUCAUAAAGACUCAUAAUAAUCCUUGGAACUUGAAUUUGAAUACUAAUCCAUCGAAGCCUGUUUGGUAGCAAGAGGGUCCACAUCGAUAAUUGAUUUUGGAACUAGCAAACUUCUUAAUAUACAUUAAAAAAAUGUGUUAACUGUGUGCCUCGUGAUGAAUUGUGUGACCAAUUUAUAAGCAAUAAAUGCAACUCAAUCAAUUUUUUAAAGGAGCUAUAUAAAAACGGAAUUAAUUCAGGAAAUUGUACCGAGAUAUGUCGCGCUAUAUAUUUACUUAUUCUUCGUUAUGUUUUAACUUUUAUUCUAUAUCCAUAUAUAUUAUAUAUUGAGGAAAUGUUUUCCCUUUGUAAAUGAAACCUAAUGUUGCAUCACAUUGAAUAAAA